CCAAGCUGUAACCUUGGUGCACAACAGUUACGCGAUCCCUCUUACUAGCAUUCCGCUUCGUCCGACAAAAUAACAAUCACGUUUUCGAUUACAGCUACUUUAUUUUGUUUACAUAUAAUAAAUAUUGAGUUUAAUUUAAGUGUAUUUAAUAAAAAUGUCUGUUCCUCAAUAUUUCGAGUUAGAAGGCGGCAAUCGCAUGCCGAGAAUCGGAUUCGGUACCUGGCAGGCUCCACCAGAUAUACUAGAAACGUCUGUCGAUGCAGCGCUAGAAGCAGGUUAUCGACACUUCGACUCGGCUCGGGUGUACGACAACGAAGCUGCGCUAGGUCGUGCCCUUAAACGCUGGAUUGGCGGCGAUCCUGCUAAAAGAAAGGAACUAUUUGUUGUUACAAAACUUCCCCCUGGAGGUACUCGACCCGAUUUGGUAAAAGAAUAUUUUGAUGCCUCGUAUCGAGACUUAGGCUUAGAAUACAUUGACCUUUAUCUGCUACAUACUCCUUUCGCCUUUGAACAUGUACCGGGAGAUCUUCAUCCAAAGAACCCAGAUGGCAGCAUGAAAUUUGACUACAAAACUGAUCUCGUUGCUGUUUGGAAAGCUAUCCUCAAGCUUAAAGAAUCGGGUCGAGUACGUCAUGUUGGCGUGUCUAAUGUGAGUGAGGAGCAAAUUAAACGAUUAUAUGCUGUAGAAAAACCGGCGUGUCUACAAGUAGAAAUGCACGUCCUUUGCCAGCAGAAACAUCUGAUCGCCACUGCUAACCAACUCGGAAUACCUGUGGUCGCAUAUUCACCUUUAGGUUCUAAGGCUUUGGCUGAUGCUUUAGCCGAAAAGACUGGGCGUAACUACCCCAGCCUGUUUGAAUUGCCGGAAGUUAAGCAAAUCGCAAAUUCACAUUCACGUACAGCAGCGCAAGUGCUACUUCGAUUCUUAUUGCAACAAGGAGUUGCUACAAUUCCAAAGAGUACGGACCCAGUGAGAAUUAAACAGAAUAUUUCCGUUUGGGAUUUUGAAUUAAGUGAAAAAGAAAUGGAACAGCUACGUGCUCUGGAUCGCGGUGAAGCAGGCCGUAUAUGUGACUUUUCAUUUUUUAUUGGCGCAGAAAAACAUCCGGAAUUUCCAUUCAAAAAAUAAUAAAAUGAUCAAGUGUCCUACAUUUUUUAAAACCUUUAUGUCUGUGUAAUAAUCUUUA